AUACGGUAUCAAGCAUAGAAAUUGUACAAAGUUGCCAAGCUACGGAAUCGAAAAAAAAAUUGUUCUAUAUUUUCCAAAGAUGCUUUUGGGUUUCUGAGGAAAUUUUCAGGACUUCAAUUGCGAGCUAAGCUCCACAAUGGCAGAAACUCCACCAUCUCUACAACCGGACAUCAACAAUGAAUGGGUCCCACAAGUACCACCCCGAUUAAAGAAACCAGAGGACCAAGCAGCAGAACCGACCUAUCCGGACAACGACGACAUGGAAGAGGAGAUUUCAGCCCAGAUGACCCAAUCUUACAGCGAAAUAUCAUUCAAGUCGGACCCAAGUCCCGGAGAGGAAGAUAUUUCCCUGCCCGGAUCCUCCACUGUACCCUUAGCCGAGCAGAUAAUGCAGAGGCCAGCAACGUUGGCCUACGACAGGAACUUCACCCCCAACAAGCCCUCGAACCUCGAGGGGACGUUCCACAGGGAGGGCAACAUGACCCACUACGUCACGGAUAACCUAGAAUACAAGAUAAAACUCUCCAGUCCAGUUUCAAAGAAAAGUGACGGAAAUUCGAUGAGUUCCAAGGGUAGCACCCCUAUGAGUUUGCACCGGAGGAACGUGUUUCCCCAGAUGGGGCUCCCGAAUGUGGGUCUGCUGCAGGAUUUGGAGUACGAAGCUCAGAGCAUGGCCACUUCAAUUGACGCUCUAACCGAGAAUUUGUGCGAGAUUCUUCAGUCUAUAUCGUCGUUAACAGCUCAAAAUGUCGAUAUAUACAAGGAUGCCGUCACGAAGAUGUCUGAAGCCAUGGAUUCGAACAUCAAGAGUAUGUACACCAUGAUGGCUAAAGCGGAGGAAGUUUCCAAAGCCAUGAAGAACGUUCAGGGGUACGCGCAAAGGAUAAAAGAUAUAAGAAGACUGGUGGAUUUGUUCGAGAGUUACCUUUAGGGAAAAUCCCGAAAUUCGCAAAUAUUAUGAUCUCAUUCUGUUCGUUUACUCAACCGAUAAAUUUUAUUCGUUGAUGGUUGUAUGGAAUAAUGCUGAAUUCGGUUCUGUAUCGAAGAGUGACUGAAGAUUUUCAAAAUUUUAUUUGAAGUGUCGUUCAGUAUGGAGGAAAUUCUUUUAUCUGGAAUAAAAUCAUUUAUUUCCAUGAAGAAUUGAAGAAGUUGGAACCGGAGAUAUAGUAAGUUUGAGUAUUUCAAAUUAUUUAUAUUUUUAAGCAAUAACGUGAAUAUUAUUUAUUAUUUUCAUAUAAUUCUGUUUUAAGAACGUUGCAAGUAAAUUUCAAAUGUUA